CAAUAGAAAUCCUGGUCUGGAAAAGCUAUUGUUUCAAUCUUAUUUUAAAACCGUAUCUUGAAAAGUGCGUAAAAAGUAGUCACGUGAUCAAAUCUAGUGCAAAACAAAUUUUUAAAUGGCGUUUUCUGAAGAACUUUUUACAGGCGAAACGCUUGAUUAUAUAAUAAAUAUUAAUGCUGAUGAUGAAUUAAAUCCAGAUUUGCAAGAAUAUUUUGAUAAUGCAUUAUUAGAGGUAACCGAUAUUGGAGACUUCAAGUGCAAAAUUUGCAAAUCCAAAACGUAUAAAACAAAAGGAGGCUUAGCACGACACAAUAAAAACAAACAUACCAUAAAGAGUCUUACAGAUAUGCAUUAUAAUGAUUUUGUCACAGAUAUAAAAAAAAUUGUUGCAGAAACUAAAGCUGAUUUGUCAACAAAUAAAUGUUAUCCUCAAGAAGUUAUUUCAGAAAUAAAAGACUUUGAAAUAAAAAUAACAGAAAACUUUUUUGAUGAAAUAAGAAAAAUGUCAAAAAAAUUAAAAUCAUCUGGAAAUGCUGAAAAGUAUUAUUCCAACUUUUAUAGCAAUAUUGUUCUCUUUUCAGACACAUAUUUUAAUCUAAAGAAACCUGCAUCAACAGUAUUUACAACAAAGUUAUGCAAUAAAUUAUUUCAGCAUUUUCAAAGCUCUCCUUCAAAGAAUGUUGAAGUUAUAGAAAUUUCACCACGUGAAGUGGAUGGAUUAAAAUAUUUGUCUGGGUAUGUUAUAAGAAAUCUACUUAAAAAGGCAAAAACAACAAAAAAUUACAAAAGCCAGUACAAUCAAGCUAUAAUUGCAUUAUUACUUCAAACAACUAAAGAAGUUUCAAGUUCAGAAAAGUUAAUAAAUACCCAAAACAGAGGGGGUUUAACAGCAGUAUGUGAAGAAUGCUAUCAGAUUUUCUUGCUAGCUGAGAAACAUUUUAGACAAGAAACUGCAGUUGCUAACCUCCGAAAUAUUGAAAGUAAGAAUUUAACAAAACACCUAUUAAAGGAUCCUAAUAUUAUAAGUUUUUACAAUGCAAUCGUGGAUGAUGUGAAAUUCGUGUCUAUUGAUAAGGAAAUUAAGCUUAACUUGUUAGAAAAAAUGAUAGAACUUUAUUUUAGAGUUCGUACAUUUUCAUUGGCUAAAAAUAUAACUGCAAAAAACAAUGAUCAAAGUUUUGAAGUAAAAUCUUUAAGAAAAAGUAUAAAACGUAAAUCAAACAAUAAAUAAAGACUUAAACUUUAAACUUAAUACUAAUAAUUGAUAUAUUUUGUUAUAUGCUAUAUUUAUAUUUAGAUUAUAUUUAUAGGUUUUUUUUUCGUUUUGGUAACUUUUCAUUAUCAACAACACUCCAAGAUACUUCACGUUUUUGACCAUGACCACCUUUAGUAUUUCCAGUAACCAGCGCAAUUGAUCUUUGCAAUCGCAAGGUAUUUGACUGGUAACCAAAUUGAUAUAGUGUAGGGUUGUCAUUUCUUCGACCUAAACUCCGUUGUCUACCAAAGUAUUCCUCCAAAACGUCUUGAUUGAAUUUUUCAGUCAAAACAAACGGCAUACCACUUUUUAAUAAAAAUUUUACCAAUUCGAUAACAGACAUUACAGUUAUUUGAAGUCCUUCGUAUGUUUGCCAAGAGAUAAACAUUCUUCCUUUUGCAUUGUUGGAAAAGUUACCAGGACGAUUAAUAAUACACUCUUUCCAUUUUUCUAGAUAGCAUAAAAAUGUAUUCUUUAGCCAUGUCAAACGCUCGUCAUUAACAUCCGUGUAUGGUAAUAAAAAUGGUUUGCGUUUCAUUAUCCCUUCACUGCUGUUUCGCACAUUUAAUAAGUAAGCAUUUCAUACUUUUUAAUAUAAAAAUCUGUUAUUUUAUUAUUACUUUCCAGCAAGAAAUAACCAUAACCUGAUAAUUUUCUACUGGAAAGGCCUGUAAACCAAUACACUUUAAAUAUAAUUUACAUACCUGAGUGAUAUAAACAGUUCCUUGCUGUUUUGAUGAGAUGGGGAGCAUCAGCAAAAAACCAUAAGUACCGUUCAGGGGCAUAAAUAUUAAUGCAUCGAUGAACAAAAUUACAAUCUAAUUUGUCAUCAAACAUACUAUGCAUUCGAUAGAACUUUCUGUUUGGUGCUGCACCAUCCGAUACUGCAGCUAUAACAUAUAAUUUACAUGUCAGUUCUAAAACUCCAACUGCUUCCCAGAAAGUUGGCAUUAGUUGAAACGAGGUGAGACCUUUAGUAGCAAAGUGACAUAAAGCAAACUUUAAGUCAGAAGCAAUACCUCGAAUGAAGUAGACUAGAACAUGGCUUGCUAAAGAAUCUUCCUUUUGAAAAGUAGAAUAUAAAUCAGGUUCACCUAAAUCUACAAAACCUAUAAUGUCACCUGUGUGUUUAUUAAAAACAAGUUUUUCUUGUAUUUUUACUUCAUCAAAAGAUAACGUUACAUAUCGUUGGUAGCCAACUAGGUUAAUACUAAUUUUAUUCAAUUCUUCAAUUACGGGAGGAUUUAAUCCAGCUUUCGGUCGAAUGAAAUUCUUAUAAUCUCUUAGAGUUCUGCGACUUGGUAAUGUUAGUACAUUUGAUGAGCGCAACUCAUCAUAAGCUGAGGCCGACUUUGAGGCAAGUGAGAGGCAAAACCAUAUUAUCAUAGGGUGAUACUUUAUUGAGCCAAAAUUUUUAUUACACAUUUUCUUUUGCUGGUCCCAAAAUAAUUUCAUAAAGGGAGUAGCUUUUUCGUAGUUACUACUCAUUAUUUGAUUUAAAUCAUCAACAAACCCAUCAUCAAUAGUAAUACCUUUAGAGUCUAUUUAAAAAUUUAUUUUUUCUAAAUCACUUGUUAGCUGGGCACAUCUUAGACGUUCUUGUUUUAAUGCUAAUAGAACGCGAACAGGAUUUGUUUUACUAAGUGGAGCUUUUCGAAGAGCAGGUGUGGCUAACUGAUGUUGUUUUUUUAUUUUAAUCAUUUUGUUCUUUUUUAGUGUGUGGGUACAAAAUGAACAAACAGAAUUUAUAUUAUCAGACUCACUAGUAUGUAAUAUAAUACAUGAUUUUGCUCUUUUAAACCUUUCAUUUGAUACACGCAUACCAUCUGUACUUGCACUUUCUAAAUCAAAUUCCAUUGGAACAAUAUGAUCAACAAAAUCAUCAUUAUUUAUAUUUCUGAUGUUUUCUAUAAUACCAGAACAAAAUCUUAAUGUACAUAUUUUGCAUAAAAGUUCGGUAACUGUAGUGUUCAGCAUUGAUCGUGAGUAUAAUUUAUAGAUUAAGUGAGUAUCUGGCAAGAGCCACCCAAAUACAAUAAUGGUGAACGCUAAACUGUCAUCUACUACAACUUCAUACUUAGGUAACAAAUACAAAGGCAAUAACUUUUUAAAUUUGAUAUUGUUUUCAUUACAUGUCAUCUCCCAUCCACUAAGUUUUAACUUUUGGGUUUUUUUCUGUAAAUCAAUUAAGUUUGAAUAAUUUAUUCGCUUCUGUGGGACAAUAUCUUUUACAAUACUUAUGUGUCUUCUAGGUACCUUUUUUUCUUUUUCAUGUGAUUUUAUGGGUAGGUUAACAGUUGGUAAAGCCUCUAAGCGUAAUGAUUUCCUUCCAGUUUCUGAAAUUCAACAUAUUUCAAUAAAGUAAAUAUAAAUUAUCACACAAAAAUAAGAACAAUACUGAGAAAAAAAGAGAAUAUGUUAUCCACAAAUUUAUAUAAAGCCACAAAUACUUUAAGCUUUAUGAAAUUUAUUUGUUUAUUGUACUUAAACUUAUCAGAGUUGCCCAAAAUUAAAGCUUUUAAAAUUAAAUAACACAGAGUGUAAAAGCAAAUUUAAACAACUAAAUAUAUAAAAGUAUCCUUACUUGUCAAUUCAAUAUCUUCUGCUAAAAAAUGAUUCUCACAUAUAUAAAUAUUGCCCUUUGAGAGUCUUUCUUUCAAAUCUUUGUCAAAGUCUCUAUACUGAGUGAUAAUAGCUAACAAUCUCUGUCUCCAUUUUUUAUAAAAGUCUCCUGUCCUCAUAGGAAUUCUGAAUAAGGUGAUAUCUUUGUGCUUAAUAGAUCUUGAAACUGUACAUCCUGGUAGACAACAAUUUGAACC